UGGUUUGCAUCCUCAGGAAUUAAAAGAAAACUUGCCAGUUUCUUAAUUAUUUUAGGGACCAAAAUGUAUGUUUCCUUUGUACUCUGGGUGUUGUGCAAAAAAGGGAGGGCGUUUUGCAAGUGUUUUUAUUUCAGUGUAAUGAAAUCAAAACUGAAAGCGAACAAAAUAAAACCAGUGUGCGUUAGUUAAACGUUUAGUGACUGCAAGCAUUGGAAUGUUCAAAAGGUGUACCGAAUGGGGUUUACUGCUGCGGUUUUAUGCCUUUCUCACUGUAGCCUCUUGGGGUACGAUAUUCGACAAAUAUUCAAAUUGGAGCUGGAGUUUUGAGCGGCCGAGUAGUGUGUGUUUGUAUAUCGUUAAAAACCGGCAAGGGAGCGCUAGCCAGGAGCCUGCAGGCGGGGCUCCGUGGCGAACGCGCGAGCUGGGAGCUGGGAGCUGGGCUGCGUCGGCGCCCAGUCUCGCGCCCCCGCCCGGCGCAGCCUCAGGCUCGGGUGGGCCGAGCGCCGUGCCCAUUUAAGGAGGCGGGCCGUACCACCACAACUUUCCGGACAGGGGGGACUCGAGCAGCCUCGGACAACAUUGAGUGAGCCAAAAGACGAUUUCCUUUCCCUUCUAAAUUUUGGCCCGAGUUCUAGAGUUGCUCGGUGGAGCGGUGUGCUGGUGGGCUUUGGGCGUGGGCGCCUUUGAUUUCCCUUCUCCGAAACCGCCCUGAGGGAUCUCACUCGCUCUGAGUUCGGACGCGACGCUCCCCGGUCUCGUCCGAAGUGUAGUUGGCCUGAGGAGGCCCCAGUGCCCGGAUGUCCAUCAGGCUUAGUAGGAGCCAAUGCGCUCGGAGCCCGAGGCUGUGCUGAGGACGCCCAGGCUCCGGAGCAGGUAGUCCGGUAACAUCGGGGAGUCGCUCCGGGGAAACGUCCCCGCCCGGCCCCUGCAAAUGGUGAGCGCGGCGGUGGCAGACGGGCCGCGGGUUGAAGGCUCUGAUGGACCGAAGACCUUGAGCUCUGUGAACUGAAUUAUGGCAGCCCAGUCAAGCUUGUACAAUGAAGACAGAAACCUGCUUCGAAUUAGAGAGAAGGAAAGACGCAACCAGGAGGCUCACCCAGAGAAAGAGGCGUUUCCUGAGAAGAUCCCUCUUUUUGGAGAGCCCUACAAGACAGAAAAAGGUGAUGAGCUGUCCAGUCGAAUACAGAACAUGUUGGGAAACUAUGAAGAAGUGAAGGAGUUCCUUAGUACCAAGUCCCAUCCUCAUAGCUUGGAGGCUUCUGAAAAUAGGUUGGGAAAGCCAAGAUACCCUUUAUUUCCUGAGAAGGGGAGCAGCAUUCCAUCCCACUCCUUCCACACUAGUGUCCACCACCAGCCUGUUAGCACUCCUGCCUCUGGACCACUUCCUGUUGGUAACAGCCACAAUCCCAAGAUGGCGCAGCCGAGAAUGGAACCAAUGGCAAGUCUUCAUGUCAAAAACUAUGGCCCACCAGAUACCCAACACCUGCCUCAAGAUCGCCUUGGUCAGGAAGGGUACAUCCCCAGUUACCACAGAAAAGGCAGCCACAGAGCUGAUGGAGACCCCUGUGCUGCAGUGGCAGACUCAGCUCCAGAGAGGGGGCUUUCUCCUGCACUCUCCUCUUUGCCUUCCCCGGUACCCCCUUUGUCACCUAUACAUUCCAGCCAGCAGACUCUUCCCAGGGUGCAAGGAAGCAACAAGGUUCACAGCAGUACCAGUACCAGUAAAGGCUACUGCCCAGCCAGAUCUCCCAAGGACCUAGCAGUAAAGGCCCCGGACAAAGAAGCCCCUCAAGACAGUUUGGUGGCACUUGGCAGCCUUGGGGUAGCCCCUCCCCAGCCACCUUCCCAGACUUUUCCCCCACCGUCCCUCCCCUCAAAAAGUGUUGCAAUGCAGCAGAAGCCCACAGCGUACGUCCGGCCCAUGGACGGCCAGGAUCAGGCUCCUAGUGAGUCUCCUGAACUGAAACCACUGCUGGAGGACUACCGGCAGCGGACCUUUGAAAAAACGGACUUAAAAGUGCCUGCCAGAGCCAAGCUCACCAAGCUAAAAAUGCCUUCUCAGUCGGUUGAGCAGACUUUCUCCAAUGAAGUCCAUUGUGUUGAAGAGAUCCUGAAGGAAAUGACCCAUUCGUGGCCUCCUCCUUUGACAGCAAUACAUACUCCAAGUACAGCUGAACCCUCCAAAUUUCCAUUUCCUACAAAGGAUUCUCAGCACAUUAGUUCUGCAACUCAAAACCAAAAACAACAUGAUGCAUCUUCAAAAGCCCACACCAACUCUCAGCAGGGGACUUCCAUGCUCGAAGAUGACCUCCAGCUCAGUGACAGUGAGGACAGUGAUGGUGAACAGGCCCCGGAGAAGCCGCCAUCCACAUCUGCACCUCCAAGCGCUCCACAGUCGCUUCCAGAAGCAGUGGCCUCAGCACAUUCCAGCAGCGCCGAGUCAGAGAGCACCAGUGACUCAGACAGCUCCUCAGACUCGGAGAGUGAGAGCAGCUCAAGUGACAGCGAAGAGAAUGAGCCCCCAGAAGUCCCGGCUCCUGAGCCCGAGCCUCCUACAACAAACAAAUGGCAGCUGGACAACUGGCUGACCAAAGUCAGCCAGCCAGCGGUGCCCCCAGAGGCCCUGGGGAGUGCAGAGCCCUCGCCUCGGCCCCCGGACAGUAAGGCCAAGGGCGGCAGCGACGGCGCGGAGCGCUCGGAACCCAAAGAUCCUCCCGCCAGAAGCUGCAGCAAAGGUCCCCGGGCCCUUCCAGAAGGUCCCCACGCGGGCAAGAGAAGCUGCCAGAAGUCCCCCGCCCAGCAGGAGCCCCCGCAGAGGCAAACUGUUGGAACCAAACAACCCAAAAAACCCACCAAGGCCUCUGUGCAGGCAGAUUCUCGGGCCAGCGUGCAGGUGGAAAGUGAAUCGGGACUUCCCUACGGCUGCAAAGACAAGCCCAAAGUGAAGACGAAAGGGCGGCCGCGAGCUGGAGAAGGUGGGGAGCUGCCGACAGCGGCACCUGCGCGCGGUGAUCGGCGGAAGCACAGGAGUGGCCCGGCCGCCAAGGCGCUUGGGGGCGCCGAGCCCACGAAGGACGAUGCAGAAGCCCGGAUCCCUGAGCACUUGGCCCUCGUCCCGCUGACUCAGAGCCAGGGCCCCGCUCAGGGCGGUGGUGGCGGCAGGACCGGUGGCUGCCGCCGGGCCGUGGUGCUGCACGAGGACCACCGGAAGGACAAAGCCCCCGUGCCGGCGAGAGACACCCGGCUGCGCUCCCCACUCAGGGAUGCCCCGCUGCCACAGAUCCUGAUGGUGAAGAUCACCCUGGACCUCCUGGCGCGGGUUCCCCAGGCGCCCGGGAAGGGGGACCGCCAGAAGAAGCCCGAGGACAAACAGCCACCGGCAGGGAAGAAGCUCGACUCGGAGAAGAGGGGCUCGGACCACUCCGGCAAGUCUGCCCGAAAGAGAAAGGGUGAAGCAGAAAGAGACCAUGAUAGCAAGAAAGUCAGAUUGGAGAAAGAAACCAAAUCACAGUCGUCAUCUUCAUCCUCCCACAAAGAAUCCACUAAAAUAAAAGCACCCAGGCCCUCCUCUGAGUCCUCCAAGAAGGAAAUGCUUCCCCCACCGCUUGUGUCCUCCUCCUCCUCCUCCUCCUCCUCCUCCUCCUCCCAGAAGCCAGCCAAGCCUGCACAAAAGAGGCCAAGGCGGGAAGCAGACCCCUGUGGCCAGGACCCUCCCAAAAGUGCCAGUAGUAUCAAGGGCAGCCAUAAAGACUCUUGCAUCCCCAAGCACAGAAAAGCAGAGGGGAAAGGCUCUGGAGGCCCCACGGAACCCGGGGGAUCUUCUGGAGAUACUGCAAAUCCUUUUCCAGUGCCUUCUUUGCCAAAUGGUACCUCCAAACCAGGGAAGCCUCAAGUGAAGUCUGACAAACAGCAAGCAGAUUUUCACAUGAAGGAGGCCAAAAAGUUGAAGUGCAAAGCAGAGUUAAUGCCAGACAAGAUUGGGAAGGCUUUUAAGUACUUGGAAGCUGCCUUGUCCUUUAUUGAGUGUGGGAUUGCCAUGGAGUCAGAAAGCCCGGCGUCAAAGUCGGCUUACUCUGUGUACUCAGAAACUGUAGACCUCAUUAAAUUUGUAAUGUCAUUAAAAUCCUUCUCAGACGCCACAACACCAACACAAGAGAAAAUAUUUGCUGUCUUAUGCAUGCGUUGCCAGUCCAUUUUGAACAUGGCGAUGUUUCGUUGUAAAAAAGAUAAAGCAAUAAAGUAUUCUCGUACUCUUAGCGAACACUUCAAGAUUUCUUCCAAAGCUGCCCAGGCACCUUCUCCAUGCAUUGCAAGAAGCACAGGCACACCAUCCCCGCUCUCUCCAAUGCCUUCUCCUGCCAGCUCCAUAGGGUCCCAGUCAAGUGCCGGCAGUGUGGGGAGCAGUGGGAUGCCGAUCACCAUCCAAAACAUGACAUCUUCCUAUGUCACCAUCACGUCCCAUGUCCUUACCGCCUUUGAUCUUUGGGAACAGGCUGAGGUCCUUACAAGGAAGAAUAAAGAAUUUUUUGCUCAGCUCAGCACAAGUGUGUGUGCACUAGCCCUCAACAGCAGUUUGAUGGAUCUGGUGCUCUACACAAGACAGGGUUUUCAGCGGCUCAAACAAGUAACCGAAACACCUUAAUGGAGGGCCAAGUUGAUUUAAUGCCUUGGGAACUUUUUUGCACAUUGGAAGCCUCAAAAACAGUCCAGACAUUUGUCUAAUCAGGACACCAGACUCAAGAAGAAAAGCACGAUGAGAUGGUUGGGACAUGAUGGAUAUGCAGAAGCAGAAAGCAGGAAACUGGCCUCAGAGAUGACCUUGCCUUCCCUAACUACAGGACAGAAGUGCAAUGGAGCCUAAGUGGGCAUAUGAAUGGUCUCGAAACAUUUCUGAAUUUUUUUAACCAGCAGGAUGCAAGUUGCAGAUGAGAUAAGGAGAAGCAAUUUCAACUCUGAAAGCAAAUUCAUGUCAUCUCAAUAGCCACACUAGUCAUUCCCAGAAGGAAAUUUUUUAACAAUGAAUUUUGGUGUACAGUUUUGUGGAUGAUUUUUUUUUUCUCAAGUUUGGGGGAAAAUAUUCAUAAAUGCUAAUGGUCAUCUAUAAAACAUAAGUUGUGAAGGACUCCACUGUACCCCACUUUGUUCUGAUGAACAGUGACUUUGGUAAUACCAAGUACUAUCAUAAUUUGUAACAUUGAAGGCAACCCCUCCCCCACAUUGCCUGGAGUACUGCACCCUCAUCCCCGCUCUGAUUUCUCUGGUUCUGUGCUAAGAGCCAGCCUACAUCAGAGCAGUGGAGAGAGGAGCUGCCGCACCCCGAGAAGCCGCCUGGGGCUUCGUGCAUGACGGAGGACACGGCUCUGCCAUUCCCCAACCCUGCUUCAGCAAAAGGCCGUCGCCACUGACUCUGUUCCAAGUUUUCUGCCUUGGGGAAAAAGGGAACCAACAUUUAUACCUGACCAGAUGGCUAAAGUGCUUUUUAAUUUUUGUUUAAGUAGAGCUGGAAUUUGAGGUGCUGAUCUGUGGUCUACAGUUAUGUGGUAACUCAUGUUGUCUAACCAACUCAGAGUUUGUCAGUGAACAAAGAAAAUGAAAUCUACUUCUUAGAGAGGCUAUAUUUUUCUGCUACAAAUUAUUUUAUAUUUAUAGCAAAACUAGACUUUCCGAGCCCUUGAAUGUUGUCUAGGGGAAAUUUAACUCCCUGAGAGGAUGUGGAGAUUUGGGGUGGUUAAUUAGACUUAAAAAAAAAAAUUUCACCACAUGCCUUCACUCCAGAGUGUUUCUCAAACUAGAUUUGCUUAGAUUGAAGAACUGUGGCCUUCCCAUGUGCUGUUAUUGCCGUAUUAUAUGAAUUAAACCAAGUUGAGUUUCUAAAAUGAAAGAACACAAAUUACAUACCCAUAAGCACAGAUUUUCUUUUCCAUUGAAACUCUGAAGAUUAUUAUUGGAAGCACUGUUUUGAGUGCAGUGUUUUUUAAAGCCAAUUCUUUUUAUCCCCUUUAGAAGUAGAAUUUGCAUGUAUAUUAAAAUUGAGGAGUGUUGUCUGUGCAGUUGGUGUUUCUGCUCCUUCAUCCCAUUUUGCCCAUCUACAUUUUGUUUCCAAUCAGACAUAUUUGACAUUUUCAUAUUUAUUUAUUAAUGAAGGGAGUGCCAUCUUUUUUAUAAUGAAGAGGUCUACAGUCCAAAUGAUGAAUGUAAGAACUAACUUGGUAAUUUGGAAAAUAGCUAAAUGGAUGUGUAGAGGACAGGAAUGCCUAUUUUUCAUAGCAUAAAUCUGUGAAGCUGCCUUUCAGUGUCAUUUCCAGCCUGUUCUUUUGUUACCACAAGCUGGCUCAGAGGUCUGUUAGCUCCUAUUUAGGUUAGCCAGAAAAUUACAGCAGUAGUAAUAGCUGAUCAUAAGAACCUGAUGUGCGAUCUUGAUGGGCUGAUUUCAUUUAUUGAUAUUCUAAAGCAAAGCCAUAGUUCUUCUGAAACUGUUAGUUUAAAAAGCAGCCUGUUGGUAAAUGAACAGUAAUUGCCCGGUAGGUUUUACACUCAUGACUUUGUGUCCACCUCUUAUGUGUACUAGAAGACACCAGGAUCAGGUUGAUGUGAUCGACACCUUUUCCCCCUUACAGCCUUGGCCAUUCCUGCACCUGCCCCACUCCCCAGCGUGAGCCGCUGUCCUUUUGGAAGGGUGUGUCCUUCAGGCCACUUUAUGAGCUGUGCAGAUUGUGCGGGAGUCUGUGUUGACUGCUCCCUCAACUGAAGACAUAUCCAAGUCAAUUUCUUGGCCAAUUCUAAAGAACUGAUUGCUUUUUCAGUGGCCUUAUUCUUUGUGUGUUUUUCUUCCUGAUCUUAAUUUUAAACAUUUAUUUGUCCCGUGAAAAGUGAAUUGCAACAGAGUUCAGUUUGUUCUCUUUUGCUCGUGGAAUAUUUCCAAUUCUUAUGGCAACAUGCAUUGUACUUAAAAGACAAUUCCUAAUGGCUACUUUUUAAAUAGAGUAGUGGCUGAUGAAUCCUUAAUGUUCAUAAGGUCUUUUUGCUGUUAUGGUUGUAUAUAGAAAUCUAAAGGAUUUUUUUUUUGCACUUUAUCACUGCAUGCCUAAAUUCCCUAAGGCAAAAUUUGUACUGAGGUAAAUAAUUGGAAGAACUAGAUUAUAAAAUUAAGCCUUUGAAUAUGUCCAGUUCUUCUAACAGUGAUAGUGCAUAUUUCACAGUGAGACAAACACAAAACAUCUUGAGGAGUGAAAAUUGAGUGUAAAAUCUUGCCUUUGGCACUACAGUUGUGUGUAUGUGUCUUUAUGUCUGUGUACCUUUACAGGAAAUGGAAGAACACUGUUUUACGUUUUAAAGUGUUGAAUGUUUUUGUCCUUCCUGGAGAUAAUUAAAAUGUGAAUCACCAAACUUCAGACUUUAACUACACUAAGGGCCCUGCUAAACAAUGAAAAACACUUUACUUAAAUGUACCAAAUUACACUGGGUUAAGAAUGUGAAAACAUGGCACAUGUUAGCUGUGGUGGAGAUGGGGAGGGUCCCGCAGGCAUGUUACCAGGACCAAACUGCAGUAGGCGAAUGAUUUACCUGGUACUAUUUAAUCACAAUACUGAAAGGUAAAAGCAUCUGACUUUUUUAACAAAAGGCUCUUCAUUUUAUAGAUCCAUUUUGACCUUAAAUACUUAGUUAUUUCCCCUUGACAAAUUGGGCCACACUUAAUCUCCCUCAUUCUACAUCUUUUAAUGCCAUAUCUCAAUGUUUAGAAGCUAAUAAACUACGCCUUUCUGGCUGAAAACCUGCCUUCAUUGAUACUUUACAAAUUAAUAUUAGUCAAAUCAGGAGCUUACUUUUUUUAAUGAUUUCUGUUCAAUGAUUUUUAGAAGCAAGAAGAAACCAUUAUGCCCUUCAAAAUGCACAAAACUCAUAGGUGUGAUCCGUGAAGGGAGGUGUGUGUGCACUUCACACUCAGAACAAAAGGCUGUGGGUUGGAUGUAUUCAUUGUGCCUUUGUUGACCAAAUCUGUUUAGAAAUAAUUUUGAGAAUAUGCUGUAUUUUGCCAUGGCCUUACAACGUGUUAUGUCGGCCUUGCACCUUUUGUUCUUCUGCUUCAUGAAGUUUGAGGUGUAUUUGGGCGUCUUGUUAAAUGAAAUCAAAUAAGGCUUGAUUCCCUACCUCCCACCAGAGUCUGCUUUUUCUUAAGGAUUUAUUUUCCAAGACACUACACAAAUCUUUAGAAAAACUUCUACCACUUCAUCUCUUAGACUCUUUACCAUUGAUUAGCAGUAUUUAAAUUUUGCAAGACUGUUUGGGCUGGUUUGAGAAACAGAGAUGCGCCGCGUGCCGGGCACCGUGGCCGGGAGGAGCAGCAGGUCACGGCCGCACCUUUCCUCUUCUUCCGUGGGGGCCUCUUCUGGCUUUGGUCCUAUUUAGAAUUAAUAGGCAUAAUGUUUUCCCGUGUCUUUUCUAUCUUCUGUCAUUUUGUUUGCAGAAGGUGGAGUUGGCGGAAUAACACGGUGUUGAGGAUUUUCCUUCAAAUACUGCAAGUGGUAUUUAGUGGUAUUUCUACCAGAUAAACCUCAAAUGUGCGAUCCAGUUGUGUUGGUUUCUUAGUGACUGAGAAUGAAUUGUGACCACUGGCCAUGUUCUCUUCAGUUCUUACAUGAGUAGACCAGCACCGUCUACCACCUUUCUUACAGUGGCUGUAAAUUUCCUGUUGUCCUGGGGGAGAUCACACUACAGCUUCCACUGUGCACCGGACAGCAGCGGGUACUGUGAUGGUGAGAGAAGCUCCUGGUUGUCUCUACCCAAGAGGGCAGGAAGGAAGCGCACGGCUCCGUGGGUGCCUGGUGCGAGCGCCCCGGCCCGCAAGGACAGGAAGCAGACCGCCGACAGGCCGGCCUAGGGCCCAGGUCAGACCGGGCAGUGUCUGGCUUGAGGACGGCGGCUUGCUUGGCUCUAAAGUAGAUGUUGAAACGAUGCUUAACACAGGCAGUAUUAACUUCACCUUUAGUUCAGGCCAUCAACACGUAUUGCUAAGAUUGCUGCACAUCCCCCUUCAGAUACCAAGUAUACACUGUUCAUGUUGGGGUGUGUGUGUUGAUAUGCAUGCCUCAAAUCUUGUUUUUUUUCCUUUUUUCCUGAAUGUGAUCAUAUUUUGGAUGAUAACCUAAGCAGGGUUGCCCUUUUUUAUUUAUUACCAUUAUAUAUUAUAUUAUAUGUUUUUUGCUUUCUUAUGACUUUAGAGAGAAAAUCAAAUCUUGGUAUUAAAAUUGUGUAAAAAAGGAAUAAAGUGUCCAGUUGAUAAAUGACCACUGGUCUUUUUCUAAAAUAAUACGAAUUUUUCUUUUAUAUUGUGAAGUACUGUGCCAGCUAUCUAGUCCACACAGUGAUUUUGUAAGUAGGAUAGGGAAGCAGUGAUGCUGUCAAUGGGAAGAUGUGCAACACAAAUAAGGGGACUCAGUGUAUUUUAUCUCCUUCAGCAAUGGAACUGCAACUUGGGGCUUUUGUGAAUAAAAUUUAGCUGCAUUGUAUAGUCCUUUGAAAGAGACAUAUGUGAUCUGUGAGAAUUAUAGUUUGUUUUCAUUUGUUAGAAGAAAAAUUUGCAAAAGAUCUCUCCAAAGAUAAUGUGCCACAGAUCUUUUGUUUGUUCUCUGUGAUGAGGAUUAAUUGCUGUUUAUGCAUUGUUAAUUGACUUGCUAAUCUUCAAAUUCUUUCCUUUUCACAAGAGGAUUGAGCUGUUAAAAAAAAAUUAAUAAAAAUUUAGAGAAAUCA